AUGUACCCUUAUCGGCGGGACAAUGGUCCCCUUAUUAGAAGAGCUAACAAAGAGCGAUCUGAUCGACAGACUUGGAAGCUUGGACGCGAGGCAAGAAGGAUCAGGUGGUUGGACCACCGGCUGCGCACACAAUCCGAGCUGGCACCUGCCAAGGUGCGCUAUGCGCCUCAACAUCUGCCUGUCACACUGGCCCUCUUAUCAUCUGCCAUCUAUCCAAACGGCUUCUAA